CAUUCUGCCAAACGCCCGUUAUUACCUCCAAUCACGAAAUCGCUUUGUUCGACUUGUACCCGCAUUUCAGGACGGCACCAACAGAAAGAGCAGGCUAAAACAAUCCAACCAACGCUUCGACAUGGAUUUCUAUUUUUGAUACCACCAAGUCUAUGCAACACAUCAGAACUGUCCAGGGCUUAGACGCGCACGCGCUUCAGAAUCCACCCUCCUUGCUCUUAUCAGCUUAGUUGACCCGAUAUGGUGGCCAUGGACAACACUACGCUCCACACUUUCCUCUUCCACUGCCCGGUUGCAUUGCGCAGCAUAGUUUUACUUGGUUCCUGGGACAAUUUUUCGAGACCUUACUCUCUCAAACUUGACGCACGUCGGGGGCGUAAUUUGUGGAAAGGCUGCUUUACCUUCUCAGACAUCAUCUGUGACGGAGACUUGGACCAACUGUCUCCUAAGAGGGACGGACUACUAAGAAUGGGUGGCACUUACUGGUACUACUACAAGGUAGACGAUGAUGAGGAGUGCCAUAAUCCUUCGGAGCCGUCGACCACCCUUUGCCCUCUUUUACCCGGUCAGUGCCUCAAUGUUCUGGAACUGCCUAGCGAAGGACACAGCCGGAGCAUGUCUGAUAUCUCUGGCGCCUUUACUCGCAACCCGCAGGAUAGGUAUCUUACACCUGUUCCACCGGCGCCUUUAAGACCACCUCCUUCUCUACGUGUCGGUGUGGCAGGCCCGGACGCGUAUCCCAUGCCUAUGCCUUCACCAUGGGCUCCAAGAUCGGCUACAUAUCCUCCAGCAGAUCGUUUCCUUUCUCCGAAUGUGGUACGACACGCUCGAAGUGCUUCUGCAUCGCCACGCAUGCCUUCAACGCCGAUUUUUGCGGACUUCAAGGUAUUGAAGGAUAAAUUGGCGUCGAGGACACGUAGUGGAUCGAAACCAAAGGAGCUGGAGAUCGGAUCGCCCGUACUCGUUAGUACAACCAACGAGGAACUCAACCUGAUUCCCCUGUCUGUGUAUCAGCACCCUCCAACCUUGUCGCCGAGAGUUUUGCCUCCCGCCACAGCAACUACAUCGCUUCCAGUGCCGACCGUGAGGAGAGAGUUCUCUCCGCUGGCCUCGCAUCCUGUGGAUCCUAUUAACGAUCCAGUCUUCAACUUCACAGCGCCACCGGUAGCCAAAGAGUGCAUGCCCCGACGACGAUCUCAUGUAACCUCAACAGUUGUCGCAAGCGAAUUCAAGUUGGGCAACAUUCGCAGCCGAGCCAACUCAGCAGACACAAGGAGGACACAACAUUAUCUCUUUUCGAAUGAUCCAUGGCUUUCAUCGCCCAAGCUUCAGCAAGAGUUCGAGUCGCCAGAUCGAUUGGUGGCUGACGAUACCCCAUCUGCACCUGUACUUUUGCACCCCUCGAGUCUACUUGAGCUGCCAGCCUUCAACGAGCGCCCCACUUCCAGUCAUGGCGGUGACCGCAGUCCAAAUAUUCGACAGGCGCCAUUGGACAAAGAGCUUCCUGCGCUUCCUCGAUUCUUAAAGCCAGCGCCGUUAUUUACGCGCAAUAGCUCCUCUUUUAGUCCUGUGCUUACCGAGGAGCCACAACAAGAGCUCGAGGAAGAGGAGGAUAUGGAGCGUUUAGAUGAUUUCAGGAUACAAUUCAACGAGAAGCCACGCAGCCACUUCUCGACUUGGAGUAGCGACUCCAUUGGCUACAGCUGUCCAGCUUCAGACGAUGGCGCCGAUCAGUCCCCGACUUUUAGCUCUUUGGCGAGCAACUGCAGCGAGCUUGGCUCCCCGCAACAGUUUUCGAGACGCUACUCAUACACAGAGCAGACAGACGACACCGAGCGGACUCCUACCAUGCAUGAGAGCGAAUUGAAUGACGAGUUGAACGAUGUGCAUACCACUCAUCUCUCAGUAACGCCACCCCAGCUAGACAAUUUGCGUAUCUCGACGUUUGGCUCCGAUCUCUUCAACCUCGACAUUCAACAUACAGACACGGCACCUCGCCGACAGGCUGCAUGCUUUGGGCUAGGCUUCUACACCUUGCCUGACGACGAAAUCACCUCUAAAUCUACCAUCACGGACAACACGCUACGGCCUGAGCCCACUAUCAACGUUCAGCGCGACAGCUCCAUGAGUCAGUUGAAUACGCUUAUGGACGAGUUUGCUUUUCUAGGCGACUCCGUCAUCUAAGCCUACAUACAGCCACCUGUUUCUUUUAGCACUUGUACUUAUGAAGUCGUAUUCACGGCCAACAUUUUCCACUUCGAUGUUACAUUUCGACGCAUAUGCGCCUCCUGU